AUGAUGCAUUAUUGGAGUUUGAACGGAUAUAAUACCAAGUUGCCUGCAGUUAUUAUCACCAUUAAAAGUUUACCGGCAUUAAAAAUGCAAUUGAAAACACCAUUCGAAUACGAAUCCGAAACCAAGGAUUUCGACUUUGAAAAAUACUACUAUUAUUUUAUAAAAACCAAUCCAAACGUUUGUUAUGGUGAUAAGGAUGCUUUACAGCUUAUUAAAAAAUACGCUAUAAAAAGCAAAUACGAGUAUCUUUAUCCAUCAUCCUUCGAUUCUAGUAGUCAUUACGUUCGUGCCUUAAAAGACGAAGUUUUUGGUGACAAAUUAAGCAAUGUUUUCAAAAGCCUUAACUAUGAUUCU